CAAACCGCAGUGUCCUGUCCUUUCCAUUCCGUGGCGCUGUCGGUUUUAAAGAAUAUCCUUAAAAGUUAGGUAGUUAGCAGUAGUUCUCAGUGCCAACCUGUUUCGUGUUAAAUAUGUCAGCCACGGUUCCAGAAGGUUCUGGAUCUACUGGCAUGCCAGGGAGUAAUCGCCGGCUACAACAAACUCAGGCCCAGGUAGAUGAGGUUGUGGAUAUCAUGCGUGUCAAUGUGGACAAAGUGCUGGAGAGAGACCAAAAACUGUCAGAACUGGAUGACCGGGCUGAUGCAUUACAGGCUGGUGCUUCUCAGUUUGAAACGAGUGCUGCCAAGCUGAAGAGGAAGUACUGGUGGAAAAACUGUAAGAUGUGGGCAAUUUUGAUAGCCGUUAUUCUGACCAUUAUCAUCAUCAUCAUUAUUUGGAGUGUGUCCUAAAGAUGAACAAAGAAGUUGGACACUUGGAGAAGACGAAAAGGAGAACUUAUUCCAAUGCUAAAUUGUUCUACCCUGCUGAGCUUUAAGUUAAUUGUGGAAAGUUUUUGUAUUGAUUUGUUUAUGACAAACAGCUCAAGAAAAGUGCCUGUACUGGUUUGUGUGUGUAUGAGUGUCUGGUUUCUUUUUCUUAACCAAAAAAGGUGUACACACACAAACACGUGUUGGCAAGGAACAUAAGGUACAUAUUCAUUUGUUUAAUAUUAAUCCUUUAAAAAGACUAUGUCCCUUAUGAUAAAUUUGUCUUGUGAAAAGUGCCAAGUGCCCUUGAAUUUUUUUGCUUUUAUUCUAGUGCUUAGAAUUCUUGUACAUUAAAAAAACGGCAAUUGCUAAAUGUAACAUUUAAACUUGUAGAUCUGAAGAUGCUUAACAUGGAUAAAUAAACUGAUUCAACCACUUUUAAUCACCAAACUGAUGCUUGUCCCAGUUUGCUCUUCUGCUGCAUUGCAUUGAACUUUGCUCUUAACGUAUACAUGUUAACAUUGACAUUUAAUUCUGAUAUUCCUACUUAAAUUUUAAACCUUUAAAUCCAAUAUACAGCUCUAGAAAAAACUGAGACCACAGCAAAAUUUUAGUUUCACUCUUCUCUCAAUUUAUGAGUAAACCUGGCUCUUCUCUGUUUAUCAUAGAUGAAGGGGUUUUGUCUUGAUUUUCACAACUUCAUUCCUGCUUCUAGGAGUUACUAAGUUGUCCUAGUAGUGCACUUCACACCACUUAUUGUUUCCCAUUCCCAUUCAGUUGAUGUUAUCCUCUGAUUGAGGCUCUGUUGGAUAAGUUGACAGUCAUCUCUAGUAUUAUAUAGUUGCUUCUGUCCUCUAUCUGACUGGCUUUUGGUUAUUGCCAGUGUCUCUUGUUUCACAUUGUUCUUGUGUACUACAAUAUUAGAAAUGUUGAGCCUGGAAGCAACCUGCCCCUCAGUGUAACUUUCUGCCAAUAGAACCAUGCAGAUUCUUAAAAUAUAUGGAGUGGUCUCAAUUUUUUCCCAGAGCUGUAUAGAACCAAAAGUCAUUAAAUUCCAUUAGAAACUGUAGUCUUGAAUUAUGAAUAAAUAUGCACAAUGUAAAGUGUGAAAGUGAAUCAAGGGGAAAAGUAAUCAUGAAAUAGUUGGUGCAAGUCACAAGAAUAUUUAAGGAUGAUGAUAGUAUAUGGCCCAGUACAGAUUUGAUAUAAUUUAACCUAACUCUGGUGAAGGUAAUUGGUACAACUUGUGAGCAUUUAGCAGAUGUAAAUGAUUUAAAGGAUAAUAUUUCCUUGAGUGUAACAAAAUCUGAUAUGAUUUUACUAUUAAAUUUCUGAAGUCAUGACCAUA